UUCCAUUCGCAGCUCACCCCAGCAGCCCUGCCCCUCGAGUUCGUCCAGUUAGCAACACCACAUCACGAGAGCCAUUGUCCCCGUCUCGGCAUCUGUUAGCAGCCAGUCCUCGUCAUAAUAGGCGCAACAGGCGCAACAGCCACAGCCAUGGCGACCAUCCCUUGCCCCUCCGCCUGCGUUAGGUCUAGCAGCCGCCAAGUGCCGGCCAGUUCAGCAUCAGCGAGGCCGUCGCAGUGCGGCGCAGUGUCGUUUAGCGGCCUUCGUACGACGACGUCCGUGUCGCAGGUCGCAGCUGCCAAGACCUGUAGAUCAGCUCUACCCUCUCGGAGCAGCAGCGCCUCUCGCGGCGUUGUCACAUGCGGGCUCGAUGACUUUAUCGGAGGUGAUCUUAUCGGGCUCGAUCUGGGUCAGUGGGUGGAUGACGUGGAGCGGUACGGAGCGGUGGGCUUCUAUUCCCCAGCGGAGGGUGGCGCGGAGGGGCGGUACGCGACGAGCCUGAAGUACGCGGGGUACCACUUGAUGAACAUCUCGGCGCGCGGCCUCGGCGACCCCGAGGCGUACCUCCUCAAGACCCACGGCGUGCGCCCGCCGCAUCUGGGCCGCCAAGCAGUGGCGCGCUUCUACCUGCCGCCCGAGGUGGACUACCGGCUGUCCGUGCUGCCGCCCAAGUACAAGGGUCUUGUGCUCUGGAUCGGCGAGGCCAAGGUGCUGGCGCGGAACGAGCUGCAGUUCCUCACGCUGCUGCCCGUGCUGCGCCCCAACGUCAAGGUGGUCGUCGAGAUGGGCAACUCGCGCAAGUUCUACUGGAAGCCCAUGCAGGAGCUGGUCGGGCUGCCCACGCCUUCCCCCUCGGCACAGGCUGCUCCCGCUGCCACGCCCGCUGCCGACAAGAAAGAGGCCGUGGCUGCUUCCUAAAGCUCAUAGCCAGUCCAUUUAAUGCCGUCAACUUAAAGCGAGAGGUUAUAAUAGUGACCCAUUUUUAGUUGGGCCCAACUUGAUGGGUACCCUCGAACAGAUAUAGGGGGGACAAGCGAGCGAGCAGAAGAAAACGUCGUUUCGGGGUGGGCAGUCACUUAGCAGCAGAAGCACCUGCCCGUGCGACAAAUUCGGAUAUGUGGACGCGGGUGUGUUUAUAAACAUAAUACUAGCUUGCACGCCUCGUUGGGGCUCGUUUGUUACCGUAUUUUGUCGACCUCGAUUGUGAAAUAACUAGUCCAAUGUUGUAGAAGACUAAGUAUAACACUGUUAACACA